UCCCUAUCUGGCUCCGCUUUUCUGUUUUACUUUGUCUCCUCUCAGAUGAUCCAUCUGUCACCCACCUGCAGCUGAUCUUAUACGCACACUGCAGCCACAACAUGAGCAUACGGAAACUGAGUUUCAAGUGGUUCGGGAGCCUCACCAACCUCUCUUUUCGCCGCAGCACUGAGAAAUCAGACUCCAAGUCCUCUCAGUCGAAGUCUGGAGCAGGAGCGGGAUUUGCACCUGAAGAUGCCGCUGACUGCGGUACGCCAGUCCUGGCUCCAGUUGCUGAGACAACAGUGGACGACAUGGGUGCCAUGCGGCCUCGCACCGCCAGUUACGUACGCUCCAGCGAGAGCUAUACACACAUGGGUACGCUGCCACGGCUACUGAUGAAGAGGAGAGGCAAGAGUAAUAAAGGAGGCCCCAGCAGCAGUAAGAAAAGUAAAGACAAGAGCAGCAUCAGCAGAAGUCAAAGCCAGCGACCAGCAGGUGACAAAGACAGCUGGCACCCGAGGCCGACAGCCGCCUCGUCCAGAGUGGCUGGAGACGGGGCUGGAGUUAAAGCUGGGCUCAAAAAAGACUCUCUCACUGAUCUUAAGACCCAGCCUGAACCUACAGGUGAAACAAAUACACAAAACGCCAUCUCUGGACCCAUUCCUGCCUGUGAAGAUGUGUCGCCAUCUAGUGGCUCAAGUGCUGCACAACAACCUGAGACAUGUGACAAGCAACGAAUCACCCAGGCAGGUGCAGGUUUGAACCCCGAAGAGACUUCAUCACCUCCACUCAGUCAGGGGAAUGAUCGGAUCCGGACAGGUGAGGAUGAUGGGUUAGGGUCCUGGCCUGUAUCUGAAACAAAGGAGGAAGCAGAGAGCAGAGAGCUGACAGACGGAGCAGACAAAGGAAACCAAAACUCUGACAGCAUUUACAGCUACAUGAAGCCAGUGCAGAACCAGGGAGAAUAUGUUGAGUUCUCCAAGGAGAAGUACCUGCUGGAGUCUCCUCCCGAGAAACUUCGUAAGGAGUUGGAGGAGGAGCUGAAAUUAAGCGUUGCUGACAUCAGAAGCCAUGGCUGGUACCAUGGACACAUACCGAGAGAGGUGUCAGAAACUCUGGUUCUGCGUAAUGGAGAUUUCCUUGUGCGCGACUCUCUGACCAGCGUGGGUGACUAUGUACUGACCUGUCGAUGGGAUAAUGAGGUGCUGCACUUCAAGAUCAGCAAAGUCCUGGUCAAAUCCAAUGACACCAAGGUGCAGUAUGUAUUGGAGUCUGACAGUUUCGACUCGGUCCAAGAGCUUGUGCGGUUUUACGUGGGCCAGCGUAAACCGGUCUCCCAGUCCAGCGGUGUCCACAUCUACUGUCCAGUCAGCAGGACUCUCCCUCUGCGCUACCUGGAGGCCACCUUUGCUCUGGCCAACAGCAAGCAAGGCUCCGCCUACUCGCCGUCCAGUCAGAGGGGAGCGUACAUUAAGAGAAGGAGCGUCACCAUGACUGAUGGGCUGACGACUGAGAAGAUGAUGCCUCACAGUGACUCAGAGAGUCCCAGUCCAGUUAAGACGCCAGUGGCACCACCAGAACCAGAGCCGGAACCUGUGCCCAACUGCAGCCCGUCGACAAUCCACCACCAUAAAGACGCAAUGCGGAACUGUGCGAUGAGCAUGGACCAGAUUCAGGAGUAUCGCUGCCCCUUGUCACCUGUUGGCGAAACCCCGCUGUCUCCUGCAUAUAGUGCCAUCACCAGGCAAAGAGUCCACUCAGGCGGGCGGGUCCUGGCUGUCGUCCCACCCUCCCCCGUGAUGCGCCGUUCCAGCGACCCUCAGCUCAGCCCUUCAGCCUGUGACAACCCUCCGGAGCAUCCCGCACAUACCUCUCAGUCGGCACACUCCUCGCCUGCCCAUCACCCCAGCUACCAAUCACAUUCCUCAGAAACAGCGGGGAGCUACUGUGACCUUAGACCUUGCCCCGUCGGGCCCCCUAAACCCCCGACUAAGAGCUAUGUGGAGCGGUUGCGAGUGGAAGAAGGGAGGCUGGACGGACCGAGGGAGGAAGGAGAUGGGAUGUUCAGUGCCCCACAGGUGGAGACGGCGUCCUCAUUCAGGCCAUCCAGGUAUGAGUCUUGUCUUAUGCCAGCUGAGAAUAAGCCUCUGGAGAUGUCUGUACUGAAGAGAGUCAAAGAGCUGCUGGCUGAGGUGGAUGCAAGGACUGCAGCUAAACAUAUCACCAUGGCAGACUGCAAGGUGGCUAGAAUAAUAGGUGUAACCUCAGACCUGCAAAGGAUGAUGGGAGUGUCCUCAGGGUUGGAGUUACUGACACUACCACAUGGACACCAGCUAAGACUUGACCUACUGGAGAGGUUCUAUACCAUGUCGAUCAUGAUGGCAGUGGACCUGCUAGGUUGCACAGGAAGCACAGAGGAGAGGGCGGCCCUACUCCACAAGACCAUCCAAUUGGCAGCAGAGUUGAAAAGCAACCUGGGUAACAUGUUUGGCUUUGCUGCUGUGAUGAGAGCCCUGGAGCUGCCGCAGAUAUCCCGCCUGGAGCAGACGUGGGUGACUUUACGCCAGAGACACACAGAGGGCGCUAUUUUAUAUGAGAAGAAACUCAAACCUUUCAUGAAGAAUAUGAACGAUGGCAAAGAGUCCAGCGCCUUGUCCAACACCUCCAUCCCACACAUCAUUCCUGUCCUGUCGUUAUUGGAGCGGGGCAUGGCUCUCGGGGAGGCACCGGAGCCCUGGGAGAGUGCAGAGGUGGGAGUAGACGUGGUCAUGUACCACCUAGAGGCAGCUCGUACUAUCGCACAUCACGGGGGGAUCUAUAGAACCAACGCUGAGACCAAACUGCAGGGAUUCCAGGAGCGAGCAGAAAUACACGAUAUCUUCCAGACAGAGUUUCAGAUGCGUCUUUUGUGGGGCAGCCGUGGUUCUGAGGGCAGCCAAUCAGAGCGUUACGAGAAGUUUGACAAGGUCCUCACCGCCCUAUCACACAAGCUAGAGCCUCUUGUGCGCCACAGCGAGCUAUAGCACCUGCCCUAACACCCGCCACAGCUGAAACACCCCCAUUUGCACUCACCACUCAUCGUGGUAUGGUCUUGUUUUGCAUCGCGAAGGAUGAUGUGGAAGAGUAUGGCGUGAACACUGGGAGGGUGAGAGUGACGGAAGAGGCAGCUAACAGAGCAUGUAAAGUGAGCAAUAGGAAUACAGAAAAGAGGGUCUCACUUAUAACACGUGUUGCACUUCUCCUUCUGUUCCUCCCUGUGGACUUCCUCAUUUAGUGCUAAAAUAUUUAAAUGGCAUGAGUGAGGAGAAAAGCUAACUGGAAAAGAAGAUGGGAGAGAUGGAUGACCACCUCCUCUACUUGGUGAAAAACAGUAACAUGUGUACAGUGUAUCCAGAGGGCCAAACAGUGCUGCAGAGUUUGGCUUUGGUCCAAUAAAACUCAGACACUCUCUUGUUUCAAACAACUGCUGUCACACACUGUAGCAGGAAUGAUAACAAUAACUUACAUAGCUCAUAUAUAGAUAUUUGUGUGGGUGAGUGAGUGAGUGUGUUUUGGUAUGUAUGUUUCCAUUCCCUAAUUUUUUGUAUGGCAUUAAUGUUUCAUGUGGGUUUUGUUUGUGUCUUAUUGAUUUGUUUUGAUCAAAAGAUAUCUAAACAUCAUGGACGCUGCUCCACCGACCUCACGAGAAUCUGUCAGUGCUCAUGUUGAGGGAACCAUGUUCAUAAAACCUCAUUAAAUAUGUAUCAAGCAGUCCCAUUGAAUCCCAUUAAAAAUGUAUCAGGCAUGCAUUAAUAAAUGUAUCAGAAAUGAAACAUUUGCAGAAGUAAUGCAGCAACUUCAAUACGAGGGCUUUGCGAGUUGUUAAAAACAUUAAGAGGACAAAGCAACCUCCCUCUGUUGUGGCUGUUUGACUAAUACUUUUGAUAUUGUGUGUCUUGUGCACAAACGUUGCUGAAACAGCGCUGUGAGACAAAUGGGAUGCUCAGUAUUUAAAUUUAAAGCAAUGUUUCACUUAGUAUAUAAACAUUUAUGAACGUGUAUAACUAGUUUAAGUUACUAAAUUUGCAAAAAUAAUACAGUAAAAUGUUGCUUUAAACUAAUAAUUUAAAUAUAACAAUGUGUCAAACGUGAGAAAAAAUACAGAUGAUACAGUUCAUGUCUGUGGACAAUCUUGAAUGACAGAAAAAUCUGUCAUCUUUCACAUUUCUUUUUUUUGAAAGCCAAUGAAUGAUUCCCAAACCAAAUCAAACAAGGACAUUUUGACCACAGCCCUGCUACAGAGAAUGUCUAUUGGUUGUGUGUUUUGAAUUUGUGUUUCUGCAACAUAGCUAAGAUGAUCCCAAUCUUUUUACAGCUAUGUGAUUACAUUUCGGUUGAAUGUUCAGUGUAAAAUCAUUGCUGUAUUUACAGCAUGUGGGCCUGAGAGGGCUUGAGCUAACUCUCAGAGCUAUGCAACCAUUUCAACCAAGGGCUGAGACCCCUGAGGAACAGAAUGUAUUAGAAAAAAAUCUUUUUCACUUUUUGACCUCUACUUCACCUUCUUUUCAAAUAUCAGUCCUUUUGUUCUUCCUAACUCUAUCCAAACCAAUAACCUAUAUAUGAAUGAAAGUCAUAUCAAUCAAAUAAUUCUACACAUACUACCCUAGAGUCGCAAAUCAGAGAUCCUUAAAUGGAGUCAAUGCAGUUUGUGAGGUGAGGAGCCAUGUGCCAGUUCCCGCUGUGGUCCAACAGGGGGCGAUCUUGAGUCAGCAAAAAAACUAAUAAUAAUUAAUUGUAAUACAAUGUCACAGGAAGACCUGUACACACAGGGAAAAAAUACAUUGAUUGUGUGUGUUUUGAGACCAAUGUUUGACAUCAAUGCUAUCCGAUAUCAAACCUACUGGUUUAGGUUUGAUAUCUGAUAACGCUGAUGAUGAAAAAGUCAUGAUGGUGAUAAUAUAAUAUGUAUGUUUUUAUUUGUCCUCUGUUGAAUGCUGUACAGGAAUGUGCCGACAGUGUGUGGAUUCUCCUGUUUUUGAAAACCGGACUGUAUGAAAUGAACUUGAAAAGCAAAAAGAUAAGAAAUGUUUUAGGAUUGAUCUCAUGUUUUUUUACGUACUGUACAUAGCGAUUCACUUUUUUUCAAAUAAAAUGAAUGCUCGUGUCAAAA